CUGGAUGCUGGCCAUACGUCGCCACAAUCGCCAGUAGCUCGCGAAGUUCAGUUGUAGCAAGACGCAGAGUGGUAGUUACCUAUGUGUGUGCUAUCGAGGAACGUGCUUAGAGUAUAAAUAAAAGUCGGGGGACCAAUUCAUACUUAGCUUUACACCCCAAAAAUGCUUAAAAGGACUAUAAAAAUUCAUUUACAAAAAGCAGUGCCAUCAAUAUUGUGAUUAACGGAGACUUGUCGUGCAAAAAACCAAUUCAAAAUAACAGGACCGCCAAAUUUUCGAAAAAAUGGAGUUCCUUUGUGGAAGGAUAAGGAUUGUGCUGUUGUUGUUUUUAAAUAUGUAUAUGUUGGAGAGUCAAGUGGUGCCUCAAUCGAACUGCCGUGUGUUCGAGUACAGGUUCGAUGACAGGGGGAUAUACGGCUUUGUGGAGGUCAAGCUGGACAGCUAUGUCACCUCAGUGCUCACUAUAGUCAACUUUACUGUCGCCACAUCCUUGCCAAGUGAAUACGUAGGUACCCUAGAGUACCUAGGCUUGCAGCAUACGGGCGGGUCCUCCACCGUGAAGUACAAGAUUCACUUCCCGGUGCAGCGGCCGGUGCCUCGCCUCACUGCCGUCGUUGUCAACAACAACAUCUUAUGUCAAGCUCGUGGAGAUGUGCCGGGCCCCGGUGGCUACGUCAGUACGAUCGGCCUCCAGCACUCGGUGGUCCUGGAGGGUGACCGGUUCGGCUCCAGCCAGGGCCGCCCCGUCAGCAGCAUGUUCCCACUCAUCAUACCCACCAAUAAUGAUAAUAGCAUGACUAUUGGUGACUUCGAUUUGGGAACGUUCGAGCGUCCUUCCUUCAACAACUUCCCGAAGCGACCCCCCGUACGGACGCCGCCGAGGAGGCCCCAGCCAGUGUUCAGUGUGCCCCCCGUGUAUACGGAACCCCCCGCGGUAUACACGGAACCCCCCGCAGUAUACACGGACCCCCCUGUCAGACAGACGCAGCGGACACCACGGCCGAGGCCCACACCACGACCAACGGCAGCGCCAGUGGCCGACAAGAACAACAUCUGCGGCACAGUGGGCGGGGCCGCGGCCCUAAUCUACGACGGCGUCAACUACGACCGCGGCGAGUGGCCGUGGCUCGUGGCCAUCUACAAGAGCGAGGGCUCGCAGCUCAAGUACGUGUGCGCGGGCACGCUGGUGUCGCAGCUGCAUGUGGUUACAGCGGCACAUUGCAUGAAGCAGAGGAGUUCUUUCACAAAAAAAAAUGACCUCUGGGUGCGAGUGGGGGUGUUCGACCUUGGUGACUGGGAUGAUGACGAGACAUCCCUUCGGAACGUGGCGGACGCACACAUGCACGAGAAGUAUAACCCGGCCAACUACGCCAAUGACAUCCUUAUCUUAACAUUUACUAAGAAAGUGGACUACUCGUUGUACAUUCGACCGAUUUGCUUAUGGACCGGACCGUCUGAGUUAGAAAAAGUUGUUGAUAAAACAGGGGUGGUGACCGGUUGGGGUAAAAGCGAGACGGGUGCAGCUGGCCAGGGCACCCCGAAGAAGGUGGACCUCCCCAUCGUGUCCACCGACGACUGCCGGAACAGCCACGCGGGAUUCGCGGAGCUCACGUCGGAGACCACACUUUGUGCUGGUUACAGAAACGGCAGCGGUCCCUGCUUCGGAGACUCCGGGUCAGGCAUGUACCUGCACAGCUCCGGUCGCUGGCGCCUCCGAGGCAUCGUCUCCAGCUCCCUCCGACAAGAGAACGGAGAGAACACGUGCAACCUCAACGAGUUCAUAAUCUUCACUGACACCGCGCAGUACCUGCCAUGGAUGAACAACUAUCUUGAUGUCAAACGAUGAUAGGAAGAUGGGUCUACUUAGAUUUUAUUUAUUCAUAUUGUUAAAAAUAAUCCGUAGCUGCCUCCUAAAAUAAAAGCAUUUGACUGAUUA